AUGAAGCACAGGAGUUUGUUAUCAAUCCUCUGUUUUCUCCUCAUAAUAAGAUUUCGUGUUGCUCAAGUUUCAGCACAAACAUGCACGGACGACAAUGGGAAUUUCAGGCCAAACGGUACAUACGACGCAAAUCGCCGUCUCAUCCUCUCUUAUCUUCCUUCAAACGUCACGACUCACGACGGCUUCUUCUACAACGGCUCCAUCGGACAAGAACCGAACCGUGUCUACGCAACAGGGAUGUGCAUCCCAGGAACAACUCGAGAAAUUUGUUCCGAAUGUAUCAGGAUCGCGUCUGAUGGUUUAAUACAGAGCUGUCCUAACCAAACGAACGCGUAUACAUGGCCAGGUGACGCCACGCUUUGCCUUGUGCGCUACUCAAACACUUCUUUCUCAGGAUCUGCUGAUCUGGAUCCGCGUGUAUUGCUCUACAACACUGGAGAUAUAACCUCAAAUCAAACAGAGUUCACGACAAUAUGGGAGGGAUUAUUGGGUCGUAUGAUUGAUGCAGCCUCCACAGCUAAAGCCACGCCAUCGUCUAGUAACAACCAUUACGUAGCUGAUUCAGCGGCUCUCACACCUGACAGGAAUAUAUAUGCAUUGAUGCAAUGCACGCCGGAUCUUUCCUCUGCUGAUUGUGAAAAUUGUCUGCGACGAAGCGCAGUUGACUACCAGGGGUGCUGUGGUCAGAAUAUAGGAGGCGUUGUUUUGCGUCCCAGCUGCUUCUUCCGGUGGGAUUUGUAUCCAUACUCUAACGCUUUCCGUAAUAUUACGGUGGCUUCUCCUCCUCUGCAGCCUCCUGUGACUGUGCCACAACCUUCAG